UCCUGAGACUGCCUCAGAGGGGUGUCCAGCAGUGAGGGCCGGAGGAAGGCAGAGACGGAGAGAGACACAGCGAAGGAAAGACACAGACAGAAAGAACGAGAAGGACCCCAAAAGGGACAAGGACCCCAGAACUCAUCCACAAAGCCACAGCAGCAGCUGGAGCCAGCCCUGGGCAAAGCUCUGCUGCCUGUCUGUCCCCAUGGGCCAACGUGGGCCACGGGUGCACACUUCUCUCCUCUGGGCCGCCCUGGCCAGCCUGCUCCUCCCCCCUGCCAUGACCCAGCAGCUGAGAGGGGCUGGGCCAGGCCCCAGCAACUGGAACAACAAUGCAGGAGUCGUGGGGCCCUCGGAGGACGUGUCAGGUGAGUUUGGCCACCCCAUCCACAGCCACGGAGGCCAUGGAGAUGAGAAGGAGGAUGUUUCUACAGAGAGAGAGUAUCAAUUCCGGAGCUACAGAGGCCACGGAGAAGAGGACGAAGAUGUCUCCGGGGAAUACAGUCACGGACUCCAAGACCACAGGUACCGAGACCACGAGGUCAGAGAGGAGGAUGUCCCUGAUGAGGGAGUCUUCACAAAGCACGCUCGGCAAGCCCGUGGGCACAGAGGUCAUGAGAAUGAAGAUGUGGACGAUUCGGCCGAGCAUGGGCACCACUUCCCCAGCCACAGAAGCCACAGCCAUGAGGACGAGGACGAGGGUGAAGUUGUGUCCAGCAAGCAUCACCAUCAUAUCAUCAGGCAUGUACAUGGAGGCCACGGAGAGGAGGAGGAUGAAGACGAGGAGGAAGGGGUUGUCUCCACGGAGUACGGACACCAGGCCCACAGGCACAGGGGCCACGGGAAGGAAGAGGAUGAGGAUGCUUCAGAUGAGCAUCCCCAUCACGUCCCCAGCCACCAUGGAUGCCGAGGCCACGGAGAAGAAGAUGACGACGAUGUUGAUGAUGAUGAUGAUGUCGUCUCCACUGAGUACGGACACCACACCCACAGGCACCAAAGCCACGGGAAAGAAGAGGAUGAAGACGUCUCAGAAGAACAUCCCCAUCAUGUCCCCAGCCAUGGACACCGAGGCCACGGAGAAGAAAAUGACGAUGAUGAUGAUGAUGAUGAUGUCGUCUCCACUGAGUACGGACACCACACCCACAGGCAUCACAGCCACGGGAAGGAAGAGGAUGAAGAUAUCUCAGAAGAACAUCCCCAUCAUGUCUCCAGCCACGGACACCGAGGCCACGGAGAAGAAGAUGACGACGAUGUUGAUGAAGAUGAUGACGAUGUCAUCUCCACUGAGUACGGACACCACACCCACAGGCAUCACAGCCACGGGAAGGAAGAGGAUGAAGACGUCUCCGAAGAACAUCCCCAUCAUGUCCCCAGCCACGGACACCGAGGCCACGGAGAAGAAGAUGACGACGAUGUUGAUGAUGAUGAUGACGAUGUCAUCUCCACUGAGUACGGACACCACACCCACAGGCAUCACAGCCACGGGAAGGAAGAGGAUGAAGACGUCUCAGAUGAACACCAUCAUCAUAUCCCCAGCCACAGACACCGAGGCCACAGAGAAGAAGAUGAGGAAGAGGAUAUGUCCACUGAGUAUGGACACCAGGCCCACAGGCACCGAGGCCAUGGAGACAAAGAAGAGGAGGAAGAGGAUGUGUCCACUGAACACUGGCACCAGAGUCCCAGACAUACUCACAGCCUUGGAGAGGAGGAGGAGGAGGAGGAGGAGGAGGAGGAAGAGGAGAUCACAGUCAAGUUCAGCCACCACGUUGCAAGCUCCCAACCCCAAGGCCACAAGAGCACUGAGGAAGAGGAUUUUCCAGAUGAAUAUAAAUCAGCGGUCCCAGACCAUCACCACCAUGAGGUCCCCAAGGAGGAAGAUGCGGACGUCUCUGACAAGCUUGGCCACCAGGCUCCCAGCCACAGGCAACAAGGCCACCAAGAUGAAGGAACUGGCCAUAGAGGAUCCAUCAAAGAUGAGAUUAGCCCCCAGCCCCCAGAACACAUGGGGAUCAAGGAUAGAAGCCAUUUGAGGGAGAGAGAUUCUAAGGAGGAAGAGGAGAAGGAAGAGGGCCACAGCUCCCAUGAAGAAGAUGAUGAAAGUUCAGAACAGGGAGAGGAGCACACCCGCCAUGGCAGCCUGGACCAGAAGGAUGAAGAAGAUGAGGAGGAAGGUCACGGCCUCAGCCUGAGUCAGGAGGAGGAGGAGGAGGAGGAGGAGGAGGAGAGGAGGGAAGGGAAGGCUGAGGUUCAGGCCCCUCUGAGCCAAGACCACCAAGAGGAGGAAGAGGAGGAGGAGGGACUGGAGGAAGAUGAGCUCCCCUUCACCAUCAUCCCCAACCCACUGGCCAGGAGGGAGGUGGCUGGAGGUGGCUCCAGUGAGGAGGAAAGUGGUGAGGACACUGGCCUGCAGGGUGACCAGGAGUACGGGAACUACCAGCCGGGGUCUCUGUGUGGCUACUGCUCUUUCUGCAAUAGAUGUACUGAAUGUGAGAAUUGUCACUGUGACGAGGAGAACAUGGGAGAGCACUGCGACCAGUGCCAGCACUGCCAGUUCUGCUACCUCUGCCCGCUGGUUUGCGAAACGGUCUGCACUCCAGGAAGCUACGUCGACUAUUUCUCCUCCUCCCUGUACCAAGCCCUGGCGGACAUGCUGGAAACUCCGGAACCCUGACCCGGCGGCGCGGCUGCGGCGCAGACGCACCUCCCUCGCCCUCCAACCCCUGCCCACGAGCCAUAUUUAUUGAAUUGAAUAUGAAUAAACAUGUUCCCCGAAACCUCA